AUGCUCUGCCUGGGCGAUGAAUGGGACAAGGCUGUGCAAGGCAGUGGGGAGGGAGGUGCAGAAGGUGUGGGCGGUGGCAGCAGACAGGAUGGGCUUUUACCAUUCCAGCCGGAUGAUCAGCAAGCUUUGAACUCAAUCAUGCAAGAUUUGGCUGUUCUUCAUAAAGCCAGUAGACCGGCAUUAUCUUUACAGGAAACCAGAAAAACAAAAUCGUCAUCACCAAAAAAGCAGAAUGAUGUGCGAGUCAAAUUUGAACACAGAGGGGAGAAAAGAAUCCUUCAGUUCCCCAGACCAGUUAAACUGGAAGAUUUGAGAUCUAAGGCUAAAACUGCCUUUGGACAGUCUAUGGAUCUCCAUUAUACCAAUAAUGAGUUGGUAAUUCCAUUAACUACCCAAGAUGACUUGGACAAAGCUGUGGAGCUGCUGGAUCGUAGUAUUCAUAUGAAGAGCCUCAAGAUAUUACUUGUAAUAAACGGAAGUACACAGGCUGCUAAUUUAGAACCAUUGCCAUCACUAGAAGAUUUGGAUAACACAGUAUUUGGAGCAGAGAGGAAAAAACGGCUUUCUAUAAUAGGUCCCACUAGUAGAGAUAGAAGCUCCCCUCCCCCAGGAUACAUUCCAGAUGAAUUACACCAGGUUGCCCGGAAUGGGUCAUUCACCAGUAUCAACAGUGAAGGAGAAUUCAUUCCAGAGAGCAUGGACCAAAUGCUGGACCCAUUGUCUUUAAGCAGCCCUGAAAAUUCUGGCUCUGGAAGUUGUCCAUCACUUGAUAGUCCUCUGGAUGGAAAAUAUUCUUUUUUAGCACCUCGUGCUCCAACCAACUGGAGAUUGGGCAAACUUCUUGGCCAGGGAGCAUUUGGCAGGGUCUACCUCUGUUAUGAUGUCGAUACAGGAAGAGAAUUGGCUGUUAAGCAAGUUCAGUUUGACCCUGAUAGCCCUGAGACCAGCAAGGAAGUAAAUGCACUUGAGUGUGAAAUUCAGUUGUUGAAAAACUUGCUGCAUGAGCGAAUUGUUCAGUAUUAUGGCUGUUUGAGAGAUCCCCAGGAAAAAACCCUUUCCAUAUUUAUGGAAUAUAUGCCAGGGGGUUCAAUUAAGGACCAACUAAAAGCAUAUGGAGCUCUUACUGAGAAUGUGACUAGGAAAUACACCCGUCAGAUUCUGGAGGGCGUACACUAUUUGCACAGUAAUAUGAUUGUUCAUAGAGAUAUCAAAGGUGCAAAUAUUCUGCGAGAUUCAACAGGCAACGUCAAACUGGGAGAUUUUGGGGCCAGCAAACGCCUUCAAACCAUUUGUCUUUCGGGGACAGGGAUGAAGUCUGUCACAGGCACACCAUACUGGAUGAGCCCUGAAGUAAUUAGUGGAGAAGGCUAUGGCAGAAAAGCAGACAUCUGGAGUGUGGGCUGUACUGUGGUGGAAAUGCUAACUGAAAAGCCUCCUUGGGCAGAAUUUGAAGCUAUGGCUGCCAUCUUUAAAAUUGCCACUCAGCCAACAAACCCAAAGCUGCCACCUCAUGUCUCAGACUAUACUCGAGAUUUCCUCAAACGGAUCUUUAUAGAGGCCAAACUGAGACCUUCAGCUGAUGAACUAUUAAGGCACAUGUUUGUGCAUUAUCACUAGCAGCCGGUACCUCUACUGUGCCUCUACCCAGCUCCCAUCAAUUCAUUCACCUUCUCUCUGACUGCACUUUUCUUUUUUAUAAAAAAGAGAGAUGGGGAG